ACUAGAGGACACAUAGACAUGUUAGAGACAGACUAUUGAAUAGUUACCGAAUACGUUUUAUAGAUAUAGGAAAAACUGUGGGGAAAUAUGAAACCAUGAACCAAAAAGCACGGGCGCUUUUGCGUAAAAUCACUUUUCUAUUCAUCCUUGUGGGAUUUAUAGUGUAUGUGGUGGCCUAUGGCCUUCCACAAUGGGCAAAAUACACGUCGACGGACCAGGGACAAAUUUACAGAUAUGGCCUAUUUAUGACUUGUAUUGAGGAUUUUCUUAAAUCAGAGUGCGACACUUUUCAUCUCUCUAACGUUGAUGGAGCCUGGGUGGGAGCUGCCCAGGCUUUUGCCAGUGUUGGACUUUUCUUUUACUUUGUUGCUACGGGAACAGGAUUUCUACAAUUCUACUGGGAAUACAGAACAAAAAGAAGGCUUUUGUAUGCUUCUGUGGGGACCGGCAUGCUGUCAGGUCUCCUUCUCAUCAUCACAACGUAUGUGUUUUCCUAUAACAACACCGGAAGUCAAAUCUCUCUACAAUAUGGAUUCUUCAUGGCAAUCAUAUCCAUCGUACCAAUCAUUAUGGGAAGUUUGCUUAACUGCUUCAACGCAGUUCUGGUUCGCACAAGUAAAAAACGGAAGCACCUUGGCAGCGGCUUCGACAUUCGUCAACACAUGUUUGACUUCAGCGUAAAGCCUCCCGUUGGUACGCGUCUUAAAGACCACGUGCAAAUUAGUGAGGACGACUACGAGGAAUACUUGCGACCAACGACCAGGCAAAGUAAAAAAUCUCAAAAAAGGCCACCACCAAAUUUUGAUUAUUUUAAUGAAAUGUUGGACGAACUGAUGGAUGAUGACAGCAAACAAACAGAAACAACAACGGAUGGCGGGAGUUCUUUUAAAAAAGACGACGAGGAUGAAAUCAAGAACAACGAGGAAACGAAAGAAUCAGAAGAUAUACUACAGAGUCCAGAGAGCGAAACAGAACAUAUCGAGGAUGAGGAAGAAGCAGAAACAGAGACUGCACCAGCACCACCAGUUCGGACUGGAGUGUCAUUCAAUGACUACCUGGUCGUAUUUACUGAUAGAGCGCAAAAAACAAAGCCCGCCAAAAGUAGACGCGAAAUAGAAAAGCCCAGACAGACAGCACAUGAAAUGAGAAUGGCACAGAAAAACAACAGGAUAGCCAUAUUGAAGGUUAGCUGCAGAAAGUGUCCUUUUGAACAUACCAUAACAAAGCUUGUUGAAGAUCUUAAAACGGAGGAUUAUCCUAAAAUCGUUAAAUAUGUUGAGAGUCCAGAGUAUUUGUCGUUUCAUCAUCUUCGAGAUCGUUGUCUUCAAAACAUGGUAGAUCCAGUUAGGAAUCCUAGUCCCAAAAAAUUGUCGCACAAAGAAGAACUUCUGUUGAAAGCUAGUGCUUUACAAUCAUUGCCUAAAAUAAGAAAGCAUCGCUUCUCAAAAAUCAUUACUCCAAGGGGAGUUGAUGUAGGAGGAAAAAAGAAAAAGACAACAAAUAAGAUUUCCCACGUCGAUAAUUCCAAACACGAUAAAGAACCGAGAAGUGUAUCGCACUGUGAAGAGGAAGAAAACACGGAAAAACUUAUUGACGAAAUAUAUAGGUCUAUGGACACUCAAAGCAAAAUGUCUUCUGUAUAUAUAGACACGUCCCUAAAUAUGGUUGAGAAAGCUAAUAGACCAGCUGAAGUUAUCUUUGACGGAGAAGAAAAUAUUGCAAGAGAAUCGACCACUGAACAGGAUGGGGCGGAAGAUCAAAGUCAAAAUGACAAUGAAGACGUAGAGUUGAAGGAAAAUAUUGAUGACAAUGAAGACGUACAGUUGAAGGAAACUAUUGAUGAUAUUCUGGAGAAAAACGAAAUCAACGGAAAGACAGGGGAGGGUGACACUGUCAAUGACGAGGGAGACGUCAGCGGCGAAGAAAUAAUGGAUGAUGUCGGAAAUGGACCGGGACUUUCAGAUAAUGAGUCGGACACCGACAGAGAAGAGCACACUGACGGAAUAUCCAGGAAGACCAAUCUAACGCAUCCUUCCGCUAAGACAUAUUCCUCCGGCAUGGCAACAUCCGCAUUGUAUCAGCGACCUCUAGUGUCAUUUGAGGAUAGUAAACCACCCAGUGUAAAAAGGAAAAAGAAGAAACAAGUUAAUAGAGCCAAAACGUCACUCCCUAAAAUUGACAUGUCACUUGUCGGUCGUAGUCAUAAAAGUGCUUCCCUGACCAAACAAAGGCGUGCAAACAAAGAACAAAGGAUUGCUGUAGUUCACGAUCGGUGCAAAAGGUGCUGCUAUGAACUCUCUAUUCCAAAAUAUGAAGAAGACCUCACACAAGAUGAAAAAUCAAAAGUGGAAUUUAUCAUAGAUCGUUCGAAAAGUGCCAAAUGUUAGACACUUUCCCACUUGGUGAUGCUUCAUAAAACGUUUUCAUGCACUCUAAUGUGAAUAAAUGUGACAAUUAA